AUGCCUUGUUAUCUAGAAAUCGACUGUAAUCGUUGUCUUGAUUGGCGAGAAAUCUGUGAUGGAAAAAUCGAUUGUUUGGGCAAUGGAAUCGAUGAAGCGGAUUGUCUGGAUUUAGAGAUGAAUCAGUGCGAAGACAAUGAAUAUCGCUGUCACAAUGGUUUAUGCAUUGCUGAGGAAUUCCUAAAUGAUAACCCUAUCUAUCCAGAUUGUUUAGACGGAACAGAUGAACGAGGCGAGCGAGGUCUACAAAUACGUUUAAGUCCCGGGUUGGAUUGUUUUCGAGAUCCAUCAUUUCGAUGUGAAGAAUCGAAUAUCCUUGAUCGGUCGAAAACGUAUCCCUGUGGCGAUGGACAAGUCUCUCGUAUUUUUACACUAUCCUGCAACAAUGCUCGUGAUCAGCUCUAUCUCCAAGAGCUUUUCGCUGUUUCUCAAAAUCCACAUUUGUCUGAAGCGUGCUGGUUGGCUCUCUAUUGUGCGAGAACGUUUGGAAGUCGAAGGACAAAUCGAUGUACAACCUUCUGUCAAGGAUUGUUUUGUCAACACAAUUUGAAAGAAUCAUGUUCGAUGCAAAUGGCAUUUUUUCCCGGCAACAUUCUUCUACAUGAUCAUAUUCGAUUUGCGUAUUUCACAAAUCAGACCAUCAUUCGACGUCGUACUGAAGUGCAAUCUUUACCCGAUUAUAUCUGUUACUCGCUGGAAAGAUGUCCUUUUCUCAAAUUCUCAUUUCAUUACAAUGGAUCAGUAUGUGCAUCACUACUAGAUUUGUCUGUGAAGAGUCUCUUGGAAAUCGAUCUACUUUUUCGUACAUGCCCAUCGAACUCUUCUACGGUAAAUCGAACUGAUUUGGCUUGGAAAACGCUUUUUCAAUGUCCGACGACCGAGAAAUUCAUUGCCAAAUUUCGUUUGAUGGAUGGCACAAUUGAUUGUUAUGAACAUGUCGAUGAAAAAAAUAUCGACACAUGUUCGUUGAUGCAAAAGGAUCGAUUCGAAUGUUCAUCGGAAAAGAAAUGUUUAUGGCCGAUCAAUGUCUAUGAUGGUAUAUACGAUUGUCUUUUGGGCGAAGAUGAAAAACUUGUGCCGAAAACCCUUCUCGAUUUUGAUCGAAUGUGUGAUGGUCUACGACAUCUGUCACCUGACUCCGAUCAUGGUCAAAAUGAAACUGAUGAGACGAACUGCGAACAGUGGCCGUGUAAUAAUCGAUAUACACGUUGCGAUGGCUUUUGGUCUUGUCUAAAUGGCGAAGACGAAUUAGGCUGUCCAUCGAGUUCUCCCUGUUUCAAUGGAACAUUUCCAUGUAUGCAAGCUCCCAAUUGGAGCUUCACAUGUUUAUCAAGAUCUCGCAUCAAUGAUGGAAUCAUCGAUUGUCUUGGCUCCGCGGAUGAACGCUCCUACUGCCGUUCUCACGGAAUAAUAGCUCACAAUUUGUAUCGAUGCUGGAACGAUACGCAAUGUGUAUGGGUGGGUGAUGCAUGUAAUAGUAAGGCUUGUCCCGAUGACAUUAUCUAUAGUCAAUGUAACAAGAAAGAAUUUAUUUAUAGUUUCGAAAGUAUCUCUAACGAUACUGGUCGACUAAUGGAAGAUCGAAAGAAGUCUGAUCGAUGUGUAUGUCAAAAAACCUGGUCUGGAACCGAAUGCGAAAAGACCGGACAAUUGGAAAUGGUCUUUUCUCAAGUUCCAACACCUCAAGUUUUUCUAGCUCAUCUCAUCACUGCUCCUGGUGAUGGCGAACCUGAGCGUUUAUCCAUCGCUGUACGAAUGAGAUGGGACCGCGAUGAAUUAUCGUAA